UUGACCAAUGCAGGAAGUGCGCGCGCUCUAAAGCAGCCUUUCCCCACAGCGCGCGCACUAUUACGAUCAGAGUUACUCUGCGGGACUAUGGCUUCACUUCAUUCCUGCUGUUUGACUGUACUGUUUGUGUGUCUGGGAUUUUGCCACUCAGUUAUUAAAGAAGGUGUACAACAUCCUCUCAAGAUUUUCCAUCAAAACUGUGCCUUAAAGAAGGAUGAAGGGCCCUGCAAGGCGAUAAUACCGAAAUUCUACUUCGACAUCGAGACUGGGAAAUGUGAGGAAUUCGAGUAUGGAGGCUGUCAGGGCAACGAGAACAAUUUCCAGAGUAAAGAAGAGUGCGAAACAUUUUGUCUGGUGAAAGACUACAAGAGUCCAUGCCACCUGGUGGAUGAACCGGGUCCUUGCCGGGCCCUCGUACCUCGCUUCUUCUUUGACAGCAAGACGAAAGAGUGCAGACGCUUCUUUUACGGCGGCUGCCUUGGAAACGCAAACAACUUCCAGACACUUAAAGAAUGUCGGCACCGAUGCCUGCCAGGGAAUCACACUAAGGAACCACAAGACAGUCUGGAGGUUAAAGAAUUAUCACCGCUAUUCACUAAAACUGAUGUUCACUCAGUGUCUGAGUCUCACAUGCAGCCUCGGAAGCUACCGAGACCGGAGUCGAACAAGGACACAAAAAUCGAGACUCAUCAGACCAGGCAACAUUUUUCCAGUCUUCAACUGUCCAAUUUUGAUGUUCACUCGGUGCCUGCGUCUCCCACACUGCCUCAGAAGCUGUCAAGGCCUGAGUCGAACAAGCACACAAAGUUUGUCCUUCCUGAUCAGUGCCAGAGGCCCUUAGACCCGGGUACAUGCGUCGGCUCGGAGGAAAGAUUUUUCUACGACUCAGAAGCUCACAAAUGUCUUCCCUUCAACUACACCGGCUGCGGAGGAAACAAGAACAACUUCGAACAUAAGAGGCAGUGCAUAAGAACCUGCAUGAAAGGUUCCAAGAAAAGUGGAAAAAUACGAAUAAAGAGUAAGACAGCCAACGUCCUAUUCCGGCUCAUGUGAAUCAAGUCCUUUGAAGCGCUCCUAUUUUCAUUUUUAAUGUGUAAUAUUAGAAUUUUAUAGACUUAUACACUUUGUUAUCCUUUUAUCUGUAUAUUUCUAACGCUACAUAAUAACUAUUUCAAAUGUAACCUGAAGUGUCUUUCUUUUAAUACAAUAUUCACAAAACCCUUUUUUUUUGUGCUUAUGCACAUUUUUUAUUGUGCAUAGUUAUCCUGUAUGUUAUGAGUUCCAAUUCCAUUAGUGCCAGUAGAGCUGAUGUUGAGCUCUUAAGCAAGGCUUUAAACCCUCAUGUUGCCAGUUAUGUGCUUAAAUGGACUUUCUUAUGUGUCACUUUGAAUUAACGCAACUCUCCAACAAUGGCAGUAUACAUGGAUGAAGAUCCCAAAGGUUUAAAAGAGGAGCCAAAAUGUUUCCGAUGCCUUCGCCCCACCAAUUCCUGUUUAAGUCAACCUUUUCUUAAGUCUUCCUUUUUUCUUUAUUAUUUGAUGUGUUUUUUAAAUAGUUAUUUAACAAAUAACGUGCUUGAUGAGGUGAAUGGAGAUUUUGAUACUGUAAUAAAGUCUAUCCUCAUGAACACGCACACACUUUUCAACAUCCGGAGGUCGAACAUAAUCAUGUGUACUUAAUUGUGUACUGUACAUGUUGACUGUAUUUCCCUCACACGUGCUACUUAUUGUGAUUAACACUAUAGAUCUAACACGAGCUAAAUAACAAUGUUGCUUAGUCAGUCGUGAUUCUAAGCUCUAAAAAUUAACUUUUUUAAAAUUAAGGCUCUUAAAGUGCAUUACUUUUAAGGAUACCACUUCAUCCACUAUAUAUACAGUGGAAAUGUGUUGUUUUUUGUUGAUUGUUUUUGUAAAUGUUGAUUUCUCUUACACUGGCUACUUACAGUAUAGUAUAGGUGCAUUAUUGUAAUUAACAUAAUAGAUCAUCUAACAUGUUGCAUGAUGUGUUUUAUAUAUAGAUAUAUAUAUAUAUGAUAUGUAUAUAUACACUGUACACACACAAUAGGCUCAAGGGCCCCGAGACCCUGAAUACAGGAUAAAGCCUUUUAAUAACUGUAUAAGCAGUGCAUGAGAAUGGAAAAAUGUGCACAAGGCUGCUUUAUUUUCUUUACAUUGUUUUAUGUAUAUACAGUACAGUAUACAGUAUAUUCAUUUUAUUCACUCAUGGUCAAAUAAAUAUGUAGU